CAAAAGUAGAUUGGACUUUGGACACAAAUAAUGUUAAUUCAGUGUGCGCCAAGAAAUUGACCAAAGCAAUGGCCAUUUUCACUUUCCUAUCUGUUUUUGCCAAACUUCUAAUAUGGUUCCCUCCAUUUUUAUGUGCUAAUGAUACCAUUAGCAUCUCGCAAUCACUUCCUGAGGGUAGCACCUUGGUGUCAAAAGAUGGAACCUUCGAAAUGGGUUUCUUCAGUCCAAGCAAUAAUAACAACACAAAUCGCUAUGUCGGAAUCUGGUACAAAAAUAUCAAAAUUAGAACCAUUGUUUGGGUUGCUAAUCGUGAAAAUCCAGUUAAAGAUAACUCCAGCAAGUUGAGCAUGAGUACACAAGGAAAACUUGUGAUCCUUAGCAAGAACAAUACUGUUGUUUGGUCAGCAAACUCAACAGAAACAACACAUGCACUUAGUCCAAUUGUUCAGCUUUUAGACUCUGGAAACCUAGUACUAAGAAAUGAGAAUGACUCAAACCCACAAAACUACUUGUGGCAAAGCUUUGACUACCCCUGUGAUACAUUUUUACCAGGAAUGAAGAUUGGAUGGAACCUAAAGACGGGUCUUAAUCGGCGUUUUACGGCGUGGAAGAAUUGGGAUGAUCCUUCACCAGGGGACUUCAUUUGGGGUAUGGUACUUGGUAACACUUCUGAAUUGGUUAUGUGGAAAGGUUCUAGUGAGUACUAUAGGAGUGGUCCUUGGAAUGGUGUUAGAUUCUAUGGCAAAACAACACCCCUUUUCAACUUAGAGUUGGUGUCUACUAUUGAUGAGGUGUUUUACACUUACAACAUAGAGAAUAAGUCCUUGAUCACAAGAGUUGUUAUUAAUCAAUCUAUUUAUUAUCGCCAGCGCUAUAAUUGGAAUGAAGCAAACCAAACUUGGAAGCUUUAUUCAUCAGUGCCAAGAGACAAUUGUGACAAUUAUAAUCUUUGUGGUUCAUAUGGAAAUUGUAUUGUGAGUGAGUCACCACCCUGCCAGUGUUUAACGGGCUUCAAGCCAAAAUCAGUUCAAAAUUAUGAGGCUUUGGAUUGGAGCCAAGGAUGUGUGCUUAGUGAACAAUGGAGCUGUGGGGUCAAAAACAAAGAUGGUUUUAGAAAAUUUAGUGGGCUGAAAUUGCCAGAUACUACCAAGUCUUGGGUGGAUGGAAACUUAACACUUGAAGGUUGUAGAACUAAAUGCUUGGAAAACUGUUCUUGCACAGCCUAUGCAAAUUUAGAUGUCAGGGGUGAUGGCAAUGGUUGUAUCAUUUGGUUUGGAGCACUAGUUGACUUAAGGGUGGCUUCUGUUCCUGGGCAAGAUCUAUAUGUUCGAAUGGCUACUUCAGAAACUGAUGAAAAGCGAGGGCAUAAGAAGAUGGUAGCGGUGGUUAUUCCAGUUGUGCUCUUGGCUUUUUUGAUUGUUUUCAUUUUUACCUAUAGCUUCUGGCGGAAAAGAAAACUUAGAGAAAAUGCCUCAGAAGAAAAUAAAGAUGAAGAGCAUGAAGAAGACUUAGACUUGCCUUUCUUUGAAUUUGCUACCAUAGUUCGUGCCACUAAUAACUUCUCAAGUGACAAGAGGCUUGGCCAAGGUGGUUUUGGGCCUGUGUAUAGGGGCACACUAGCAGAUGGACAGGAAAUUGCUGCCAAGAGACUUUCAAAUAAUACUGGACAGGGAACAAAAGAGUUCAAGAAUGAAGUUAUAUUGUGUGCCAAACUUCAGCAUCGGAAUCUUGUUAAAGUUCUCGGUUGUUCCACUCAAGGAGAUGAAAAAGUUCUCAUCUAUGAAUACAUGCCAAAUAAAAGCCUAGAUUCCUUUCUUUUCGAUUCCUCCCAAAGUGAACUCCUAAAUUGGUCUAAGCGCUUCAACAUUAUAUUUGGAAUUGCUCGGGGACUUCUUUAUCUUCAUCAAGAUUCUAGAUUAAGAAUCAUUCAUAGAGAUUUAAAAGCAAGUAAUAUUCUACUAGAUGGUGAGCUAAAUCCAAAAAUUUCUGAUUUUGGCGUGGCACGAAUGUUUAGUGGAAAUCAAACCGAAGGGAACACAAAAAUGGUGACUGGAACAUAUGGCUACAUGGCACCAGAAUAUGCAAUUGAUGGGCUACUUUCUAUCAAAUCUGACGUAUAUAGCUUUGGUGUACUAUUACUGGAGAUAAUAAGUGGGAAGAAGAACAGAGGAAUUUUCUUUCCAAAUCAUGGAUUAAAUCUAUUAGGACAUGCAUGGAAAUUGUGGAAAGAAGACACUCCAGUGAAAUUAGUUGAUGCUUCUUUGGGUGAUACCAUCACCAUGUCAGAAGUACUACGCUGCAUUCAUGUUGGUCUUUUAUGCGUGCAAUUGCAUCCUGAAGACAGGCCAAACAUGGCAUCAGUGAUAGUGAUGUUGAGCAGUGAAAAUACUUUGCCACAGCCUAAGGAACCCGGUUUCCUUAUUGAAAGAAUGUCGAUUGCCGGAGAAUCUUCGAGUAGCAAUCAGAUUAAUUCUUCUACUAAUGAAUUAACUGUGACACUCUUAGAGGCUAGAUAGAGUUGCUUUUGCAACUUUUAUGUUUGUGACAUGCAAGUGCAGUAUUCUAUUUACUCAAUGGCCUUCACAGGUUAAAGUUCUGUCUAUAUCCCACUAUGUUGCUGGAUUCACUUACUGUAUUUAGUUGAAGGUAGGAAACUGUAUCUAAAUUAAGUAGAACAUGUUGUAUACGAUAUCUUGUGCUAGAUGCAUAUUUAUAUAGUAAACUAAAGAAAAAAGAGGAUCAAUUUUAAUGAGAAGAGUGUCUCAAAGUUGUCAGAAUAAGGGGAUUUAGUCUCAAAAUUGUUGAUGCUGGAGUGAAGGACUGGCAAUGGGUUUCAAAUGUUAUUCAAGGCUUUGAAAUCGAUGCAUCUCAGCACCCCUUAGAGAAAGCUUCAGAAGUUCAGAACACUCCAUAUGGAUGAUGUAGAAAAUAACUUACAAUCAAACAGGGUGCUUCAUAGUUAGUUUCCCUUGCAACAUUGGUUGUUCCACAGUUUAAGUCCAAACUAUAGCUUCUAACACUAUGCAGUGUAAAAGCAUAAUUACUCUAUCAAUGCAUAGGUUAUAUAAUUUACUAAAUAUUAAAUUUUUAUAAAUAUCAUUUAUUGU